AUGGAGGAAGCAACCUGUAGGAUUUGUCGUACAGAGGCAACUGAGGAUGAUCCACUCUAUCAUCCUUGUGCUUGCCGAGGUUCCAUUAAAUAUAUUCACCAGAACUGUCUGGAAGAAUGGCUCAAGUAUUCAAGCAAGAAUUCUCAAUGUGAUAUUUGCCAUCAGAAGUUUUCCUUCAGAGUUGUAUACGAUCAAGAUACCCCUGCCCACGCUCCAGUGAAGCUCAUUUUACAGCAGAUUAGAACUUCAAUCGAUAGAAAAUUGUUCUCAUUUUUGGUGAUUAUAUCUUGUAUCGUUUGCGCAAUAUUGCUGUUCUCAUAUACAACUUUGGUUCUGCGAUAUUCGUCAUUCUUACUUUCAUUUUCUUUUGUACAUGGGAUUCCUACGACUACGGAACUACUGUUGGGCCAAUCGGAAACACCUAUUAGCUUGCAAGAGUUCUUCAACACAGACCCUGCAGGAUGCAUCAGAAAAGCAUUGGUAUCUUCAUUAUUGCCUGGCUUCUUAUUUUUGCUAGCAUUAUUAAUACUAGGGCCUGUUAUAAAACUCAACCAUGAGUGGAUCAUUAGGGAAACUUCGUUUCUUAAGAUGCUCCAUAACAGAAUCGGCCCUGUUCAUUCUAAUGAACGUCAUGCCUACGUUAACCAAGUGGAUGGCAUGAGAAUCGCAGGAAUAUUGCAGCAAAUUCAAGAACAAAGGGAUGCUAAUCACGGUGUUCUAAGACGGGAAAAUGUGGACGCAUUAGCCAACAAUAUUUUGGGUAUCACUGGGAACGAACAGCUCGCUGAGGCUAUGAGAUUAGCCAUUGAAAACGUGGAACAAGCUGAGCCCAAUCACGAAGAAAACGAUAUCAAUGAUGAAAAUGAGAUCAACCUGUUAAAUGAACAGCCUGCUCACGUUGAAGAAGGACUGCCUGCUGAAGAUCAAGAUGAUGUUGAUUUUGAUGAGCCCCCUGCGGUUGCUGCUCAAAAUGCCGACCUGGACCCCGACUUCAGACCUUUCGACGUCGCAGAAGAACCUGCCGACCAAGCUGCAGACGAACCAGCCCUACCAGAGCCAAGAGCCCAGGCUGAGCCGGAGUUGGACUUCAAUUUAGGGGUGCCUGACGAACCCGAAGCUAACAACGAUUUAUUUGAGAUCAUGUUCUCACUUCAUCCAGCCCUACCACCUUUAAUAUUGACGGCAGCUAUAUUUAUAGAACCUGUGGUUCUGACUUUGCUAUUCAUUAUUCCCUGCCUCGUUUCGUUUGCAAUACUAGACUUGCUUCGUCCUCUUGGCAGGCUCAUCAACAGCAUUCCUGAAGCAGAAAUGGUGACAUCCCUAUUUAUAAGACAACCAGGUGCUGAGGCUUCAGGUAUUCGCAUUUUUGGUCAUCUAAUUAUUGGUUACAGUUUCUUUGCAUUCAUGGUCUACUUGAUAUUACGAAAGAUUGAGAAAAGCUGUAACCCUCGUACUAAUCCUCUUAGAAAGUUUCGACAGUUCUAUAAUAUUGUUUUUGGUUGGAGCUGCACAUUCAAAGUGUUUACAUUACUGGGAAUCGAGCAACUACUUUUCCCCAUUACUUGUGGGUUUCUAAUGGACUUUUGCAUAGCCCCUGUCAUGGUCGACCCUCGCUCAACUGGAACUCUUCUUCUUAGUCAAAACUUCAAGGUUUUGAACCAUUCAUUACAUUACAUGCUCUAUCUGUGGAGUAUUGGAAGCUCUUACAUGUUUUGUUUCGCCACAUUUGUAGGCAUGUGUCGGUCUCACAUUUUACGCCCCGGAGUUCUAUUCUUUAUCAGAACGCCAGAUGACCCAAACGUCAGACUAAUUCAUGAAGCUUUGACACGCCCAUUUUUCUUGCAGUUGUUCAGGAUUUUUAUUUCCUUAAUAGUUUACACAAUUUUUAUUCUUGCUGGUAUUGGAUCUGUUACCUGGUUUUUCGGUCUUUUCACGCCGCUACUUCCAGUUGUAAUUCCAACAAUACUUCCAACAGGAAUUCUCAGGUUUUACAUGAGCCCAUUAUGGAUAGCUCCUGCAUUAUUGCAAGGAAGGAAGCACAAAGAUUUGGUGAUCCUUUAUUGGAAGAAGGCUUAUACCAUCUCUGCUGCAAGAGUGAGAUUGUCUUCCUUCAUUUUAAAUAAUCCAAUUCCAGAGGAAAGAGGUCGUAUUGUCUACCGUCAUUUCUACCAUAGACUUAGUGCAACUCCAGACUACUCUAAACCGAUGUCUGUGAGACAGGCCACGCAGCAUUUCAAAGAAAACCCAUCAGUGAAUGCUAUAUUUGUUCCAGACGGUAAUUACGUGCGUGUCCCCGAUGACGACGCUGUCUCCAGAAAAUAUUUAAAACGUUUGUUUGUUGCUGUUACCAAAGACGACAACCUAUUAGAACCUUUGAAAGAGGAAAAUACUGCAGAGGACAAUUCCCAGGAACCUUCAUAUGAUUCUGAUUCUGAAACAAUGGAAAUAACCACGCAUUGCGUUGUAUACAGGCCUCCACACUUUAAAGCGCGUUAUAUCAGUUUCUUAUUCCUGAUAGGUUUCUUCGCUAUCAGCCUGUUUGUAUCGUGCAUUGUACUCAGUGAUUUGUUGGGUCGGUUGAUAGUACUUCCCAUUAGUCUUCUUUGGAUCCAUAGUGAAAGUAUCUUCUCACCAAGAAUCAAUUUUCUCUACUUUUUUAUUGGCUACCAGGUUUGGCUUCAAAUAUUUGAGUUAUAUCAGAAAGAGGAUGAUACAUUCACCGGACUGGCGUUAUUGCUAAGACAGAUUACAGAAAACCUUCGAAGAGUAUUGAACACAAUAUCAGGAAAGGUUCUGGUAGUAGUGGUAGACACCAUACAUUUAUUCAUUACACUCAUAUCUAUCGGUCUGCCCUUGAUGACCCAGAACAGUGCAGUAGUUGAGAAUUUCGAUAUGUUACUAAAGGAUCCAAACGAUGAAUUGAAUCCAAGAGGACCAUUAUCCAGCCUUUACAAGGAAGUCGAUCCUGCACUUUCUGCAUUCCCAUUUGGACUAGAAGUUUUGGGUCCUUCUUCUCUGAUAACUAUACUGUCUAUUGUGGGGAUUUCGACGUGCAACUUGGUUCCCUACAAGGAUGGAACCGUGAAACAGUGGGCACUGCUGGUUGUCUAUUGUAUUUCAAAUGUAUUAACAGGAUUUUUAUUAAACAAAGCAAGGGGACCAAAGACAAUUUUGGAAGCUUUGAACAUUUACGGUUGGUCUUUUUUUGCCCAUUACGUCGCAUUUGCUGCAUAUUUCACAACCAAGGCAGUUUUAAGAUAUUUCAAAACCAUAGAUGAGCAAGUGAAAGAGACUUAUUACACAUCCAGGAAAGAACUCAAGAAUUUGGACCCAUGA